AUGGCUUGUUUCAUGGUCAGAUGUGCUCACUGUGUAGCAUUUUUCUUUCUCCUGAGUGCAGCUAUGACAACUUACCUAUAUGUUGACACCCGCACUAACACGUCAUUUAAAAUAGCGUCGGUUCAUACUAUCGCUUUAUACAACUACGGUUGUGUGCUAAGUAACGGUACUAGAUUCUACAUUGUGCCGAAAGAUGUCAAUGGAAUUGAUGUCAUCGACCGUGUUGCGGACAGUAUUUACGGAGUGAACGCCAAUGGUGAUAAAGUCAUAUAUUCACUAUCAACACAAGGUCUGUCAUCCAACCAAGUUCUGCAGUACACAACGAAAAUGCCAUAUUCAGAUGAUUAUGGGCUGUACUUCGAGAAAUGCGCCAAAAUAACUGACGACGCAGUAGGACAAGUAAAUAUAGCUUGGGCGGUGACAUUGAUAAUGUUCGUACUGAUGUUUAUAGCAUAUGUACUUACAUAUUACUUGUUUGUAGUAAAGUGUUCCAGCAACUAUGAGAACAUAGCUUAG